AUGAAAAUAACGGACGAAGAGGCAAUCCAGGCACCGGCAAUUAUUCUCCAAUGGCUCAACGGUAAAUGUCGAGAGAUUCGAGAAUUUGGCAACGUGGAGGUGGGAGCCUAUGAUGCUAGUAAGAAGGCCAAGUUAGCAAAAGCCCAAUAUGCUCGGUGGCGCAAGAAAAUUUGUGAAAAUAGAUGCAAGAUGGCGGCAAAGGUGUACCCAAACAAUCAUCAACUCGCGUUUAUCCUUGCAAACAAGGAUUCUCACUCUGAUAUCGAGGAUGCGGAAAAGAUGGUGAUGUCGCAGGCUACUCACCACAAGCAACGAUCAGUCCACAAAGAUAUCUACGGACGUUCGAAAUCCGUCUUCAGCAAGAAAAGCGGGAUUGAGGGUGUGCCACGUAAUAUUCCGGUGGAUGCCUAUGCGAAAUCGUGGCGAGAGGGUUUGUGUAAAUUUGAUCAAGAUACUGUAUCCGAGGUCGGCCCCUUUUCAGUUAUGGAGCUUGCUAAGGGGAUGGAUAAGCUGUUGACACUAGCUCCUCAGGAGGGAACGGCCCCAAACCGGGGGCCAACUCAGCAAGGAUCUAGUGCCCAAGCGGGGCCAAGUGGGGAGAGGUCGAUGAAUAUAGAUUGA